AGACAAAACUUAAAACUCAAAUGCCCAUUUACAGUCCAUCUCAGCAGGUGCCGUUCUAUUGGCAAGACUCGAGAGGUAAGCCUGGGCUCAUCAUCUGCAAUAAUCUACACUUAUAAUCCUGCACACCAAGUUUCUGUAGCAAUUUCUGCUAAAAAUCUUGUAAGAAAUGCCUCGGGUGACCCCAAUCUUGCGGAAGGGUCGCAAAGCACUUGAGAAUCUGGGCUUGGUCAAAAUCCUGCAGUCCGAAAUCAAACACGAACUCUCAACUACUCCCUUCCAGGGCAAUCAAAGUGGUAGUUUGGGAGAUUUUAAGGUGGACUGGGAUUCAUUGGAGUCGCAAGAUGUGGUUUUGCGGAGAAAAUGUGAGUCGGGUGACGAGAUUGCUGUUUCGGCUUUGUUGGGGCAGGAGAUGUUUGCAGAAGGAGGAAUAUUUCCACGGGAAGUUUUGAUGAAGGUGUGUGUGAAGAAGCCUGGGUUGAACUCUGUUUUACAGUUUGAUUGUGGGGUUUCUGAGAAAGGUAGAGGUGGGUCACAGUUUCACAUUUAUAGUGCACAUUAUCUCCACUCGACAACAACCUGUCCCAAGCCGUCAGCUUACAGAGGUCCUUCAUUCAGAUCCUGGACAAAAAGAAGGAUUCAAUAUAACAUCCGGGGGGUCAUCCUUUGUAGCAGUUUUUCUAGUGAUUUGGACACUGAUUUACAAGAUGCACUCAAGGGAUACUUGAUAGCCAAGGGUAUUGGUGAAAACCUAACUAACUUCCUCCUCUUACACCUACACAAGAAGGAGCUCGGUCAAUAUGUGAAUUGGUUACAAAAGCUUGAAUCUCUGGUGCUGGGAAAAUUCGAGUGACUUCGCUUAUUAACAAUAACAGCUUUGUUGUGGUAAAUGAGUCCAGUUUUCUGCUCAAAGUUCAUCGGAGAACUGAUCAAACAACUUCCAGUGAAGUUUACCUCAUUGAGCAAUUGUGAUGGUUUCAAACUCAGAGCUUAUAGAUGCAACAAGCGAU